UAAGCAGGGAUGUCUCCUGGUUUCGUGGCUCAUUGAAGUGAUGAGCUAACAUUGAAGUGAUGAGCUAGCAUUCAUCGGCUUAGAACGCCACGAUUCGUCUGUUUAAAAUGUCAUAUUUAUUGCCCGCUGUUAUAGCGGCAGCACUCCUCGCUUCGCAGGCUUUGGGGAAAACUGUAAGGGGACUUUUUCAGAGCGAAGUCGCGAGACUGCAUAAAGGCCAAUUUAUCACUCAAUUUAUGUAUCGAGGUGAUGCGGGUUUGGUGGUCUGUCAGCUGGACAACCCCUCCUUAGCUGCGGAGAAGGAGUCCAGACUGCUGCUGUAUCCAGUUGAGGAGCAGGACUGGGACAACCUCAGCUGCUCUGAAAUACUCACCAGAGCCCAGUUCACCAUAUCUCUCGGUCAAGAAGAACACAACCAGACCAUCCCUCAUCAGUCGUCCCCGACAGUGUGGAAGGCUCUUUAUGCUGACAGAUACACGUGUCAGGUAAUAAGACUGAUGAUGUGCAGUUAUGACUCAUUAACACUUCACUUUCUGAUCUUUGUCCAGGUGACUUCAGCGAUUCCCUCUCAUGGUGACCUCAGAUUUACUGUCCUGCUGCUGAAUUCCGAUUCUGCAGGAAACCCUCUGGAGCACUUCAGUGCAGAGGAGGCAGGUCUCCACACUUUUUACUUCCUCCUGCUGCUGGCAUACUUUCUGGCUUCUUGCAUCUACAUUAAGCCUCUGUACCAGGCUCUGAGGAAAGGCGGUCCCAUGCACGCAGUCCUGAAGGUGUUGACCACCGCUUUGACCUUGCAGGGCUGCUCCACCUUCUGCAACUACAUUCACAUGGCCAGGUACUCCAGAGACGGCAUUGGUAUUCCACUGAUGGGCAGCCUGGCUGAGUUUUGGGAUAUGGUGGCUCAGGUUUCAAUGCUCUACACGUUAUUGAGUCUGUCUGUGAGCUGGACGCUGAGUCGAGGUCGGAAACCUCAGUCACGACCUUUGCAGUGGGAACAGUCGCCAGCGUCCACGGCUGUUGCAGUCGGUGGAGUCGUAACGCAGGCCGUGCUGCUCCUCUGGGAGCAGUUGUCUGCAUCGGAGAGUCAACACCACAGCUACCACAGCCAUCAGAAUCUGGCGGGUAUGCUCCUCAUGGCCCUGAGGGUGACGCUGGCCCUCCUGCUGGCCUCUGUUCUUUACCAGAUCAUCUCCACUGAGAGGAGCACCCUCAAGAGAGACUUCUACCUCUGCUUUGCCAAGGUUAGUGCUGGUCAAAUCCACCAAAAAGUAUGUCCCAACACUCGUGCGGUUUCUCCACAGGGAUGCUUCCUGUGGUUCCUGUGUCAUCCCGUCCUUGUCCUCACGUCCGCCAUCUUCAAUGAGCACCAGAGGGACAAGGUGGUCACCAUCGGGGUAAUUCUGUGUCAGUCCAUCUCCAUGGUGAUCCUCUACCAGCUCUUCCUGUCUCGUUCCCUCUACUGGGAAGUCUCCUCUCUCUCCUCUGUGUCGCUGCCCCUCACUAUGUCCAGGACCAACCAGAGGGGGCGCUACUGACCAUGCGCUUUGGCUAUGGUACUUCUCAUGGGUACGUGGGCUCAACAAGAGGCCAACAAGACAGGAGGUGUCCCACUGCCAGGAACGCACGUCAUUUGCUGGUUCUGGAACAGUCUGCCUGUUGCGACUCCAGGGAAACAAAGACAGAACCACAGAGGAGGAACACAAAUUAUUAGGGACCAAUAAGAACAGAAAAUGGAAGGACUGACGCGUCAGUCUAGCUAUAUUUGUUUUCAUAUGUAUUUAUAUACGUGUGUAAAGGUUAAGCUUAAUAAACAGACAACACACAGACUCUUUGGAUGUGGCAAACUCCAACUCCAACUCCAAUAGAUUUUUAGCAGACAGACACACACCAUGCUCGCUCUGGCAAACAGGAAACCACUUUGCCCUGGGAGGGACUGAAUGGACUCCUGUCCAGACCAUUCCCACCCUGUGAACUCUCAACUGCGUUUUCUACUCAAAUGCCUAGCCUGGCUUCUCGAACUCUACUCAACAUCAAAAUCUGGAGAAGGUCCACCAUGGUAGCCUUGCUGGAGCCAAGUAAGCCAGCAGAGGACUCGAAAAGCUAUCGGCCGGUCUCUCUCAUCUGCAUGCUGUACAAGAUCCUUGAAUAGCUCCUACUGGCCAGAAUCUACCCGGCCUUUGACUCCCAACCUCAGAAGAACAGACUGGAUUUGUAAUCUACUACAAGUAAUCUAGAUAACCAAUGACCUGAAGACCGGCUUUGAGAAAGGACACAGGGCGACUUGAUUCUGAAGCUCUUAAAGACCAGAUUCAUUGCCAGUACCCUUGCCAACCGCAGCUUCAUUCUUAAGAGGUGAUGGUCAGUGUCGUUGCCGAAGACGCUUGCGAAAUGGGGUACCGCAAAGCUCUGUGAUGGCACUCAUGCUAGUCGAGGUCUACAUCAGUGACCUACAAAGCACAGUUUCAUGUAACCAUGGCCCUACACACAGACAAGAAAGAGCUGGGUGAAUGCCAAGCAGAGGCAUGGUGGACACGGAUCUCAUUGCAAGAUACCUGAGAACAUGGAGACCUAAGUUGUUUACCUCUUGGACAAUGGAGUACCUCUACCAUGCAAUACCCGACCAACCUACCUGAGAGUGAAGCUGGACUGACAACUGACAUCCAAGCAUCACAAUGAAGCCCUGAGAACCUAAAGUCUCAGUACACAACAAUUGCUUGUGUCACUGGCAGGCACAACUUGGGCAGCCAAAACAGCCACACUCAGGACAGGGCCAUUGGCCUUUGUGUGCAGCGCUGCUGAAUAUGCUAGUCAGGCAUGGUGCCGCGGCUUCCACAUCAACAAGCUGGAUCACACCCUCAACGACACCAUGAGGAUGAUCACCAGGUGCCUCAGGCCGACACUCACAGACCUGCUAUCAACCCUUGCAAGCAUAGCUAGCUCCCCCAGAACUCUGUAGAGAAGAGCUCACUGACGUCUUGGCCCAGAAGGACGCCAACCAUUCUUUCUGUCAAGUUGUAGAAAAAUGGGUGAAACUCAGAGUAGAACCGCUGCUCCUCCGCAUUAAGAGGAGUCAGAUGAGGUGGCUUGGCUGUCUGGUCAGGAUGACGUCCUGAAAUCCUGCCCCAGCCUCGGAGUAUAAGACUUAGUGAAGCCGAAGCUGGCUUGAAUAAUAGGCUAGCUGCUGUUUCUUACACGAGAGAGACGCUAAUGAAUGGAUUUACAGGGAGAGGCAAUGGGCGUGAACGUCACAUUGAUGUGGGAUGAAUGACUGUUGGAAAGUCAUUUCUGAGUAAGAGCCUACUAAAAUGUGAAUUUAUUAGCUGGCGAUGUACGAACUGUAAUAUUUGUUGCAGUAGACCUGUUUUUGUGAGCGCAUCUUCAUUGGCGGAUGGUCAUUAACCUCAGACUUUGAAGUUAUUUACGGUUGCAAAUGUAUCACAUAAAAUUAUAUCUCCACUUCAGUCAUGCCCUGAUGUUUGUUUCUGUUAAAGAUUGCUGGGUUGAUGUACAUUGAAAAAAUCCUCUACUGUGUUAUGGAUAUUGCUGGUGUUUUAUGCUCCUGUGGAUAUACGUCACCCAAAAUAAAUUAUUUUAA